CUCCUCCGCCGAUACCUGCUCUGCGCGUGGCCGUGUUCGCGUGCGCGUGCUUCACAGGUAUCAUAUAUUCCUGUUCUUCAGAGCGGUGAAGUUACGCGCGAGGAUGCAGAGCUCUUAUUCUGGAUAUAUUUAGAUGAACCGAUAGAAACAUGUUCAUGUCUUGUAGUUUAUUCUGAUAGUUUUGUUGUUUUUAAAUGGCUUCUUUUCGGUAAUUUUAACGCGUCGGUUUAAUGGGUGUAACAAUGAAAGACAUACACCUGCCAUCCGAUUCAUGCAUCAAUGGUUCAGUAAUAAGGAUCUUUUGUCCCACAUCCGCCUCCAUUUGUGUGUUUGACACGGCUGUUGGCAACACGUCUUAUAGUUUGGACAACUCCAAUAAAAAUUUGACAGUCAGCACACAAUCUCUAGCCAUUGACAAAUGGAGCAAUUACAACUUCUGGACGGGCUUGACACUGGCCGUCCUCUCAGCGUUUCUCAUAGGAGGAAGUGUUAUCCUGAAAAAGAAGGCACUGCUGCGUUUGGCCAAUACUGGGGAGACGAGAGCAGCCGAGGGAGGUCAUGGGUACCUGAAAGACUGGCUAUGGUGGGGAGGCCUUUUGACAAUGGGCGGAGGUGAAGCAGCAAAUUUCGCAGCCUACAUGUUUGCUCCAGCCACAGUGGUGACCCCGCUAGGAGCUCUCAGUGUUCUUAUUAGCGCGGUGCUGUCCUCCCACUUGUUCAGAGAAACAAUGAAUCUGCUUGGAAAAUUGGGCUGCAUGCUCAGCGUACUGGGAAGCACUUUAAUGGUUAUACAUGCACCUGAAGAAGAAGAGGUGACCACACUUAAAGAAAUGGCCGAGAAACUCCUUGAUCCUGGUUUUCUGGUGUUUGCCAGCAUCCUGUUGGUCACUUGUUUAAUCCUGAUCUUCUACGUCUCUCCUCGAUUUGGUCAGUCUAAUAUAUUGGUAUACAUCAGCAUCUGCUCUCUGCUCGGAUCCUUUACUGUGUCCUCUGUCAAGGGUCUUGGCAUUGCCAUCCGCACCAUGUUCACAGACACUUCAGUGGUCCGUAAUCCUCUCAUGUGGAUUCUUUUGCUGACCUUAAUUGGAUCCAUCAUCAUUCAGGUCAACUAUCUGAACAAAUCCCUGGAUACUUUCAAUACUCUUUUGGUUUACCCCAUCUACUACGUCUUCUUCACCACAGUGGUCCUGAGCACGUCUGUGAUCCUUUUUAAGGAAUGGGGUGCCAUGUCAGGAGUGGAUGUGGUGGGCACCAUUGGGGCAUUUUUGGUGAUUGUGAUUGGGGUGAGCAUGCUUAACAUCUUCAAGGAUUUGAAUGUAUGUUUUGAAGAUCUGAGAAGUAAUCUUUGUCAGCCACUGAGUCAGGAGAGCCCGUCAAAGAGGGAGGACAAGCACAUCCUCAUAGAGAAUAUAGAAACUCUGCCGCCCAUGAGAGAGGAAGGGCCCAGAGUCUUCAUCAUCAGCUGAGAGUGUGAAUAUAUAUAUAUAUAUACAUAAAAGUCUUGUCUAUUCCAGUUGUAAGAGCAAAAAAGAAUAACUUGUGUUCUAGUUGAUCAUUUGGAAAAGUGGCAGAAGGCAGUUUUUUUUUUUUGAUUAAUCUGUUGAACUGCAUCCCAAUCAUUACAGAUACUGCAGAAGACCCAUUGGAACCCACAUCGACCCAAGAAUCUUAGAGAAAUCAGUCAAGUUUGGUGAAGAAAAAAUCAUGGUUUGGGGUUCAGUGUGGGGCGUGCAAAAGAUCUGCAGAGUGGAUGGCAAAUUCUUCAGCAAGAUAGUGCUCCUUCUCAUACUUUAACCUCCACAUCAAAGUUCCUGAAAGCAAAGAAGAUCAAGGUGCUCCAGGAUUGGCCAGCCUAGUCACCAGAUAUGAACAUUAUUGAGCAUGUCUUGGGUAAGAUGAAAGAGGUCCUCCAAGAACGCUUUCUUUGCCAUUCCAGAUGACUUUAUUAAUAAGUUAUUUGAAUCAUUUCAGAGAUGUAUGGAUGCAGUCGUCGAAGCUCAUACACAAUAUUAAUUCUUUAACAAGACAAGACUUUUGUCUAAGCAAAGUCAGAUCUUUCUGUCCUAAUUAAAUAACUAAAAUCAAGGCAUGAUCAUAUUUUUUGGUAAAAUAAGCGUAAUCUAGAGGUAAUCUUGCCUUUCAUAUGUCACUUCUGAUACCAAAUGAUCAUAUAGAAGUCAAGUUAGUAUUUGUUCUUCCUAAAACUGGAUAGGCAUCAAGACUUUUAUCAGGUAUUGUACAGUAGUCAACAUUUAAAGUAGAUUAAAACCUUUCAUCAGAGUUGUCCUAAAACUAUUGAACAACACCCACUCUUGUUUUAGGACAAUUUUUAAAAAGUUUUUGAUCCACUUGAAAUGUUGACUACUGCACUGUAUAUAAUUUUGAAAAUGCAGUUUUAUGAUAUCAUCACUCUUUUUUGUUCACUUCCUCUGCUGAAAGCCAUACUGUGAUGCAGUGAUUUGGAUUGGUUACUGCUGAAUAUGGUGAUGAUGCAGACCUUUUUCUUCUACUCAAAAUGGGUGAUGAUUAAUAUUAAAAUAGCAUAUACAGAAUAUGAUGUGGCAGAAUAUAAAAUCCUGCUACUGAGAACUGACAUUUUAUGUAAAUGAUUAUACAGUCAAUACAGUUGGUAUAUUUUUCUGUUUAUUGGAACGGUAUAGGUUAUACCUGCGAAAUAAGACAAAUGAACUGAAUAUAUUUACACAUGCUGUAAAAAAGAAAUAUUUCACAGAAAAUAUGCUGUAUUUGAAAUAUGCUGAUACAUAUAUUACAUACUACAUUUCAUGAAAUUCCUAACAUUUAAUUAAACAGUGAUAUUAGAGGCCAUGCUGUUUUCUAAAUCAAUGUGGCGCCUGUAUUCAUCCUGCAUCAUGCCUCAAGUAUGUCUGUUACUGCCUAAUGCAAAUAUUUAAGGAAAAAUAUGUGUAAUAAUGUUACUUUUUUAAAAUAAAAUCAUUGAAUUCCA